CAUCAUGCAUAUCUGUUAACCCGUACAACACGGCUCUCGCUCGCUCCUUUUUCUCUCCCGUCUUCUCAUUUUCUUUUUCUUUCCAGAACUCUCUCUCUUAUUCAAAAUCGUUUCAAAUUUCUCUUCCAAAAUCUGUCUAUUUCAUUUCUCUUAUCUUGUCGCCGGAGCUCUAGAGAUCUUUUCGCGUCCAAGAGAAACUUGAAGCAGAGAUUUGUUUCUCUGCUCUCUGUGUUAGAAAUCUCUGUAUUGUCUUUGCGCAAAUCGAGCUCCGGAUUGAGCUUUGGAUUAUAUUUUGAUUUUAAUUCAUUUUUUCACUUUUCUUUUCUUGCAUUGCUUGUUUGGUGCGCCUGGAAAUGUGAAGAGAUCCCACAGGUUUUGGACAGUUCAUAGACCUAAGCAGAUUUGAUUCUGGGUUUUGGAUGGAAAUCUAAGCUUUCGCAUUUCUCAUUACACCCUAAUUAUCAAUAUUUGGUGACUUAAAAAACUUCAUUUAAGGAGAAGAGGCGGAUACAAUGGAUACCCAUAUAGUCUCGGUUCUGUCAAAAAUGCAAAAGCUAAACACAUCUGAUCAUGCCUCCGUUGUUUCUAUGAACUUAUUUGUGGCGCUUCUUUGCGCUUGUAUUGUGAUUGGUCAUCUUCUAGAGGAGAAUCGAUGGAUGAACGAAUCCAUUACAGCCCUUUUGAUUGGCUUAUGCACUGGGGUUGUUAUUCUGCUUGUUAGUGGCGGAAGAAGCUCGCAUCUUUUAGUCUUCAGCGAGGAUCUUUUCUUUAUAUAUCUCCUACCACCUAUUAUAUUUAACGCUGGGUUUCAGGUGAAAAAGAAGCAGUUCUUUCGUAACUUCAUCACUAUCAUGCUAUUCGGUGCAAUUGGCACACUUAUAUCUUGUUCUAUCAUAUCUAUAGGUGCUAUAAAAGCCUUUGAGAAGAUAGAUAUCGGUCCCCUGGAUAUAGGGGAUUACCUAGCAAUUGGUGCCAUUUUUGCUGCAACAGAUUCUGUUUGCACAUUGCAGGUUCUUAAUCAGGAUGAGACACCUUUACUCUAUAGUCUAGUAUUUGGGGAGGGUGUUGUAAAUGAUGCCACAUCAGUGGUACUUUUCAAUGCACUCCAGAGCUUUGACCUGACUAAUAUCAACCCCAGAAUUGCAUGGCAGUUUAUUUGCAGCUUUUUAUAUUUGUUUAUCACAAGCACCAUGCUGGGAGUUAUAGUAAGUCUCUCUCUCUCUCCCUCAUAUGCAUAUGCACAUUGCCACAUAAGUAAUGCAUGUGAUUAUUUUUUCUUGCAGACUGGUUUACUUAGUGCUUACAUUAUCAAAAAGCUAUACUUUGGCAGGCACUCAACGGAUCGUGAGUUUGCUCUUAUGAUGCUCAUGGCAUACCUUUCAUAUAUGCUGGCUGAACUGUUCUAUUUGAGUGGUAUUCUUACUGUAUUUUUCUGUGGGAUUGUGAUGUCACAUUACACAUGGCACAAUGUGACCGAGAGUUCUAGAGUCACUACCAAGCAUGCAUUUGCAACCAUGUCGUUUGUUGCUGAGAUUUUUAUCUUCCUUUAUGUUGGUAUGGAUGCAUUGGACAUCGAGAAAUGGAGAUUUGUCAGUGAUAGUCCUGGAACAUCAGUUGCAGUUAGUUCAAUUUUACUAGCUCUUCUCAUGGUUGGAAGGGCAGCUUUUGUUUUCCCCUUGUCCUUUUUGUCCAACUUAUCAAAGAAAUCACCUACUGAGAAGAUUGGCUUCAAGCAGCAGGUUGUUAUCUGGUGGGCUGGUCUGAUGAGGGGUGCAGUGUCAAUGGCUCUUGCAUAUAAUAAGUUUACAAGCUUGGGCCAUACCCAUUUACGGGGGAAUGCAAUAAUGAUCACCAGCACCAUAACAGUUGUUCUUUUCAGUACAAUGGUAUUUGGUUUGAUGACUAAACCCCUUAUAAGGUUUUUGCUGCCACAUCCAAAACAACAUAUAAGCUCAGCAGCAUCAUCAGAUGCAAAUACUCCAAAAUCAUUUACCCUACCACUUCUUGGAGACAAUCAGGACUCAUUAGACGAUCUUGGAAGCAGUGAGAUUCCCCGUCCGAGCAGCAUAAGGGCACUUCUGACUACCCCAACUCAUACCGUUCAUCACUACUGGCGUAAGUUUGAUGAUGCAUUUAUGCGUCCUGUAUUCGGUGGAAGGGGUUUUGUUCCCUUCGUUCCUGGAUCACCAACGGAGCGAAGUACCCACAAUCAAUGGCAAUGAAAAGGGAAAUGCAAAGAUGUAACAGUAUGUAAAGUUAAUCUCUUUUUGAAGACUAUCAAGGAUGAAAUCCUUGAAACUUCUGCUGAAAUUUUGUGAAGGUUCUAGCAAUAUAGUUUUGCCAUGUAUUAUACAGUAGAAUUAUUAUCGAGUAUCUCCCCUGUAUAAUUCUAUUUGAUGUUUGUAAUUUCCUUUUCCUGUAAGACAUGACGGUUGACUUAACCGAUUCUGUUGUGUAAUAGUUAAUUUUAUUUAUUUAUUUA